CACUUAAAAGAAUUAAGUAAUUCAUAUGUCGAAGAGAUAUAAGAAAAUUUCCUUCUUCCCGCGAAUUAUUCACCCAAUCAUGGAUCACAAUGUUUGGAACUCUAACGCUACGAAUGGCGGCAAUUAACACGACUAAUCAUGGACUAAGGAAUCUAUAUUUGAGGUGAUUUUCAGAACAACAUGAACAAACCUGAAAAAGCUGUAACUUGGCUCUCGAGAUUUGUUCGAUAUGAAUUAGUUUAGAAUAUUAAUAGAAGUGUAAAAUGUCAUUAUUUCCUGCGUAUUCGGAUAUUAGUGUGACCGGUUCGACUGCGCGUGAAGAAAUCGAUGUAAAAGAUGAAAAAAGAGACUGGCUACAGAAUUCCAGUUUCCCAGCUGCAGUAAUAUCAAGAAAUACAUUACUUGAUAUAUCUGAUUCUUCAGAAGAUGAUUCUAUUGUUAUAUUAUCUUCACCUGAGAGACCUACAAAGCCACCCAGUACUAUUCUCAUUAAUUCAGAUUCAAGUUCUGAAGAACUUUACCAAAAGUCAAAGAGAAUUAAAAAACAUAAAAAAGAUAAGAAAAGACACAAAUCUGUAAAAUCAAAGCAUCAAAUAAAAUAUGAUCGUGAGGUAGAAAAUGUAUAUUACGAAGAUAAAUUCAGGGAUAAAGGAAAUUCUAAAGUGGAUACUCUUUGUUCACGAGUUAGACCUAUCUAUACUCACAUGAAGAAUGCAGGCCUUGGUUUUGUUCCUUUUAAACAAAAUAAAUCAUCAACCUUUCAGAGAUAUUGUGUCACUAAUAUUGACUCCAUACAGAAAUCCUUAAAAAAAGAUACCAUAAUUAAAAGACAUUCUGAAAAAGAUAGCAUCAACCAGAAUGAUACCGAAAUAUUGAAUUGGUGUGUAAAUAUUGAGGAAGAACAACAAUCAAGCAUUCGAGAAUUUAAUAAAAAAUUAACAGAUAAUCCUAAUGACAUACAGCUGUGGCUUCAAUAUGUGUAUUUUCAGGAUGUCAUUGCAAGAUUUCAAAAGAAUCAACUUGCAAAAGAUAUAAGAGUAGCAACUUGUCAGAAAAAGGAAUCAAUUAUAAACAAAGCUUUGGAAAAGAAUCCAAAUUCUCAUGAACUUCUAAAGAUCAAAUUAAAUCUGAUGAGUGAAUUACUUCCCGCCGAUCAACUCUCAAAUGAAAUGGAGACUCUGGUAAAUAAAGAUACAGGGAAUAUUACACUAUGGCAAGCAUUUAUUAUGACUACACAAGGGUCUGUGGCUAUGUGCACAGUACCAAAAGUUUUGAGUUUAUAUUCAAAAUGUCUAUGUACCCUGCGACAAAGGUCAAGAACAAAUCCUCAUAUAUACGAUAAACGAAUAUUAGAGAUGUUGUACCGUUGCCUAAUAUUUUUAAGGCAUGCAGGACUUUGGGAACAAAUGUGGGAGACUUUAAGAUUGAACCUUUGCCUGAAUCUCAGUCUAAAUAAAGACAGUUUAAAACUGCAAAGUUCCAUCGACGAGAAAAAAUUAAUUGGCAUGGAAGAAGUGGUAUUAACGUCCAGAUUACCAUUAAAUCAGUUAUGGCUGCGAGUUGAGUCUCUAAGAGAACGAUGUCACUGGCUCAGUGUGAGUAGCGAUGAAUUAGAAUUAGUUGGUGAUUCUCGUCGAUUUGUUCUCCCAGAAGAUGUGGCAGAUUUUGUUCAUCCAAUGGUUUCGAUGCAAUCAAAUUUCCGGUUGGCAAUUUAUUCUCUUAUGUCAUUAAAAGUUCCUCUUCUACCUACUCGAGAUUCGAUAUUACAGGACUUGGCGAUUAAAGACUUUGAUUGGAGUGGUGAAUCUUUGGAGAUGCUAUUGCCAUUAGCAUAUCCUUCAAUAGGAGUCAUGGCUGCUCAUACACAACGAAAGGCUCUCUUGGGCGGCAUACUUGAGGGAAGAUUAACAUCCGGUCCCCAAUAUUUACGAUUUCAUCCAGCUCAAGAACCAUACUUAGAUUUUAUACGAGACGCAUUUAAAGUAAUCGCUGAAAAUCUACAAACGUCGCAGCGUACAAGUAUUUAUGUGUGGUGGUUACGGUUUGAACGGCUUCUUGUAUUUUUCAGUAAAACUGAUCCUCUCAAGAAUGACAGCAGGAGGAAGAAAUUAAAAACUAGUUUAAAAGAGUUUCUGAAAAAGGAUGAGAACAGAAAUAAUCUACAUUUCUACAGAGAAUAUGCAUUGAUUGAACGAGAAAUGGAACGCUUUGAUAACUGUGUCAAUAUUCUUGAAACUACUAUUCAGUCUCAGGGACAGAAUUUGGAAUCAAUAUCAAAUGAUGAAGAAAAAACAGCUCUAUUGAGCGUGUACAGAACACUACUUGAAACUCUGUUGGAUGUUGAUACAUAUAAAGAGUGUCAUAAUGACCGAAUACUGAAAAUCUAUAGUCAUAUUGUAUCAGGAUCAAGUGAACCUCGAUUGACUUUGGUUGAACAAUAUCUUCAAAACUCAGUGCAACAAUUUUUGGAAAAUCCAGUAACAACAGAAGUGGAUGAGACAUAUUUUUUACCCAGUUUUGAAUGUGAUAUUAUCACAUGUUAUGUUUACUUUUUGUAUGUUACUAAGCGGAGUAUUAAUGAAAUUAUCCAAGUUUUUGAUGAAUGUCUGGAGCAUUGCCAGGACAGUAGAUUUUUGCGGGAGUGCCUGUAUGAAAGUAAAAUAUCGUUCUUACAACUAUAUAUUGAGCAAAGACACAAUGUCCAACAUAUAUUAAAGGAGACUGUAUACGAAGCCUUAAAAUUAUAUCCAGACAAUUUUUAUAUGUUAUCAGUAUUUUCUGGAAUUGAGAUUGAGUUACCAUGUUGGAAAAUUAUUAUCCGAAGUGAAAAUAUUCGUCCAUGGCCAGCGAUUUCUAUGUGCUUGACUGCACGUGCUCGUAUCAUCUAUUUACAAAAACAUGGAUUAUUUGAUGCUGCGAGAGCAGCUCUGAAUAAAUUGUUAUCCUUCCAUCGGAAACUGGCAAGGGUGGCUGAAACUCGAUGCUGUCCAUUAAUUUGGCGGUUAUAUAUGUUAUUGUUACGAGAGCAAGAUCUAUGUGAAAAACGAGGUGAAGAGGUGUACCAUGAAAGUGUAGCACAAUGUCCAUGGGCAAGGUGUAUUUAUAUAGAUGCUGCAGAAGUUGCUCCACAACUUUUGACACAAAUUCAAGAUAUUAUCCGGGAGAAAGAAUUACGAAUGCAUGUUACUCCGGAAGAGUUGGAUAUUCUAAGAGGAUAACUCUAUUUUUGUAAUAUUCUGUUGCGUAUAUAUUUUCAUUGUAAUUAUAUGUAAAAAGUCAUUUAGUUCUAAGAAAUAUGUAAGAAAUAAAACACUAUACCGUUAAACUAAAAA